AUGGCAAACCCACCCCAGUGGUACAAGCCGAAGGCGUUGAAGGAAGCGCUCAAGCCCUUUGAAAAAUACAGAAAGCUGCUCUGUAUUCGAAACAUCAAUUACAACUCCGAUGCACGCCAAUUCGAGGAAGAGUGUCGAAAGAGUAUCACCAUAGCCGACGAUGUCAAGUUCUUGUGGCCCGCACCAGAUCGUGACGAAAGAAAGAACAGAGGCAAGGUUUAUCUCGGCUUCGAUACGCGACCUGAUUCCGUUGUUGCGCUUCAGCAAAUCGGUGACGGUUUCGAUUUCGAAGGAUUGAAAGUCAUAGUCGAAAGAUCGGGCAGGGGGCCCAAUCCAAAGAACAAGGUCGCGAGCGUACCUGCAGGCUCAACCGCUGCAUCCGCCUCAACUCCAACUCCAGCUCCUGCUCCAACUUCAGCUCCAGCUCCAGAAGCACCAGCUCCAGACCUAUCUACAGCUCUAUCUGCAGCUCUAUCUCUAGCUUCGUCUCUAGCUUCAGCUAUGGCACCUCAUCCCGCUCCAGCUCUGGCUCUAUCUCCAGCUCUGGCUCUAUCUCCAGCUCUGGCUCUAUCUCCAGCUCUGGCUCUAUCUCCAGCCCCAGCUCCAUCUGAGAACCAACCUGAAGCUCAAAUGGUGGCCCCUACUGAGCGUCUCUCUAUCGAAACCCUCAUGGGGCACAUAAAUGAGUUGGCGACAGCUCCAGUGGCCCUUUUGGCUCAAGCUGGCAAACAUGCUCGCGUCUCGGAACUUAUGGCAAAGUUAGCCGCUGCAAACCCCAAGGCUGCAAGAAGUGUAGUCGAGGCCCUUGCCUUCCAGGGUGCUGUCACUUUAUCUGCUUCCGGCUCUAGCAGUGUUCCCGUUUCGGGUGCCGGUCCUAUUGAAGAGCCAACGGCAAGCGCCACUUCUUGCAACGACACUGUCCAACCAGAAACCAUCGCGGCUCAGCCUGGAGACACCACCAUGCAAUCAGACAAAGAAGACGCAGAGCCUGAAGGAGGAUGGUGGUGGUAG